GCAGACCCGACGAGACAAGUCCCAGGGACUUUCAAGGUCACUCCGGACGCUCCCUCCCUGACCCUCCAAGAGCUCCUUGCCCCCAGGGUUCUGCCUCCCUCAGCUCCUGGCCUGAGACCCAGCAUGGCGGACCGGAGCGGCAGCAGUACGGCGGGGGACACGGUCCCCGCGCCCCCUCCUGUCCGACGCCGCUCGUCAGCCAACUACCGCGCCUACGCCACGGAGCCGCACGCCAAGAAAAAGUCUAAGAUCUCUGCCUCGAGAAAACUGCAGCUGAAGACCCUGAUGCUGCAGAUUGCGAAGCAGGAACUGGAGCGGGAGGCCGAGGAGCGUCGAGGAGAGAAGGGGCGCGCUCUGAGCACACGGUGCCAGCCCCUGGAGUUGGCCGGGCUGGGCUUCGCGGAGCUCCAGGACUUGUGCCGAGAGCUCCACGCCCGAGUGGACAAGGUGGAUGAGGAGAGAUACGAUGUGGAGGCGAAAGUCACUAAGAACAUCACUGAGAUCGCAGAUCUGAACCAGAAGAUCUUUGACCUUCGGGGCAAGUUUAAGCGGCCCACUCUGCGUAGAGUGCGGAUCUCUGCAGAUGCUAUGAUGCAGGCACUGCUGGGCGCCAGGGCUAAGGAGACCUUGGACCUGCGGGCCCACCUCAAGCAGGUGAAGAAGGAGGACACGGAGAAGGAAAACCGAGAGGUAGGAGACUGGCGCAAGAACAUCGACGCGUUGAGUGGAAUGGAAGGCCGCAAGAAGAAGUUUGAGGGCUGA